CGUUGUUUUUUCCCUCCCGACGCCUCGUUCCUGCUGCAUUCCAUCCUUACGCCUCUGAUUGUGGGUUUCCACCAAGAUGACCAGCAAUCCCGGGCAAAGUCCGCUAUCAGAAGUGAGCCCAAUGGCUCAACGCAGAAACUCCCCCAGCUGGAACCAAUCCACCAAGAUGAUGAAAACACACGAUGCGUCGCCCUAUGAGGCGCCAGCGUCACCGCGUCUCUUCUGGCAGGGUCGGGAAUCAGGAUCUCCCUUCCAUAGAGGCUCAGAGAACCAGAACCUCUAUGAUCCUGAUGUCUCGACAUAUACUCCCUCCAAGCGCCCGUCUUUGGAAAACCUGAAGCGCGCCUCCAGGGUCAAGAAUAACAACAUGUUCCGCGACCAAAAUGCAGAGUAUGACCCCACGCAAGUCUAUGUUCCACAGCGACCUUUGGCCCUCAAUCGAUCAUCCCAGAGGCAAGCGCAGAACCCACCACCAGCACAGCAGCCCGACCCCCAGGACACCAACCCGGUCGGCCCGCGGCCCCCUUCCCCGAGCAAGGACCAGGUUGCCCCGGCAAAAUCCUCGCUGUCCCGGGCUAGUCGAUUCGGUGGUAAGGACGCUGCUUUCGACCCCGAGAACGAGAUCUGGUCGGACAUCGACGGUAGUCGACAUGCUAAAAGCGUGACAUUCGAUGCGGCUCCUCCUCAGGUCAACGAAUAUGAGAUGACAACUCCGGAUCCAUCCUCCGUCGCCUCCGACUCCCGCGAAGGUAGCUAUGACUCCGAGGAAAAUGAGAACGAUAUCAGCUUCGAUCGGGAAUCCUCGCUCGAGCGCGACGACAGCUUCGACGCAUCCCUGGAAGACCUCGAGAAAACACCAGUGGUGCUGCCAGAGGACUGGCGCUAUAUGAGCCCUGAAUCUGCGAAUGACGAACUGGUCGAAGAGGGAAGGGGUCAGUUCACCGAGGAUGACGAAGACCAUAGCCCCAUCCCCCGCCCGUCCUCCCAGCAAGAGCAUCCCAUGCAGCAUGCCCGGGUGGAGUCACUGGAUUCAAAUGUUGAUCGCCGUCCCCUUCCUCCUCUCCCUCCCACUAACCGGCCUCAAUUCCCUCAGCGUGGAUCGCCGGGAAAGAUGACGGCCGCUUUUGAGCUUGGAAGUGGGAACCAGCGCGUUCUUCCUUCUCCACCAGCCCCCGCAUCUUACAGCAAAUCCGACAUCACGGAACGGAACCAUGGCCAUAUGUCCCUGGAAGAGAGGCUGCGUCUGAUGAUGAUCGAGAAGAAGGAGCCGAUAACUGAGGAAAUCGAACUGGAUGGCCCGGAGACACCCAAGGCUCUUCCCGAGGAGCCACAGGAGCAGAUUGCAGUCAAGGAGGCCCCUGCCACUCAGGAAACAGAUACUCCAGCGAAGGACGACGCAGAUGUUUACACCCCUCCGCGCAUCUCGAGGGAUUCGAUUCUCCGAGAUCUGCGUAAGAGCGAGAGCUUCCUGGAUGACUCCUUUGAGGAUGCUUCUCAGGCGGAGUCUAGCCCCAACCAUUACUUCGAUUAUGACCCGGACGUCCCAAUUCCUUCCAUGGAGCACGAUCAUGAUGAUAGCCACGACUAUGACGACGACAAUGACGAUGAGACCAGCAGUGUGAUCAUCAAGCCCGAAGAGCAUGAUGAUUCUCUUUAUGACAUUCCAGAAUACUACGAAAACGUAAACUCGGAGCAGUCUUCUUCGCAAUGCUUAAAGGAUAAGAUGGAUGAUGACGAAAGUCGUUACUCCAGCCAACCUCCGGAAGAGGUGUCCGUGCUGGAGGAGGAUGACUCGCACGACUUUGAUGACAGGCAAUCCACACCACUUGCUACCGUGCAGACACAAGAGACGCCGGUCAAUAUUACUGUUGAUGCCCCAGCUGAUGAGACGGCUAAUGAGCCGAUUGAUGAGUCAGUCGAUGAAUCACUUGAUGAGUCGCAGGUAUCUACCAUCAGCGAGGAAAGGUCUGCUGAUAAGAUGGCCGCCAUGCGGGAGUCACUUCAGCGCCCAUCGACGCCAGAUAGCCAGAAUCAAUUAUCGGAGCCUUCUACCCCUGAUUCUGUCGUUCGACACCCUGUGGCUGACGAGCAGAGCGAUCGCGAGGUCUCGCCAGACGAGAGUGUUCCGGAUCCGAUUGCCACAGUCAAAGCACCAGGAACUCGCCUCAAGACGCGUCCCUCACUGACCCCAGCCGAUAUGGAACAGAUGGCAGCCACUCGCCGGAAAAUUAGCGGGCAGGUGCCACCACCAAUGCCAUACCUUACAAAACAGGAAUCCAACGAAUCCCAGGCGUCAGCACCGGGUGAUGCCGUGCCAUCACUACCUCCACCCGUGCAGGAGAAUCAAAGACAGAGUAGUCUUGUGAAGCUGGACAUUCCGUUCAGCAUCCAGGAAGAAGAGAGCCUUGGAUUUGGAUUGGACAAAGAAUUCGAUAGGGUCAUUGAAUCUCAAAAGAGAGGUUAUCUUAUGCGGCACAAUACCAAGGUUAUCAUUGCGAGCAGCAGCACCGAAGACGACACUGUGCCAACUCCAGGAGAAGAUCCAGCUGAAUCUCGAGCCACACGCGCCGCGCCCACGCCGCGUAAGGCCAGCCAGCAGACUUGGACCACUGUACCCUGGAACGGUCAGACUCGCCGGGCGAGUAUGAGAACGGCCAGCGGAGUGGUUCGAAAGAAGGCUACGUCAGGCCCGGUACCGCCGCUCCCAGGCCAGCAAAGCAGCGUCCAGGAGCCGACAACCACGAUCGAGGAGGCGGAGCCUGCUCUCAAUGGCGCUCUCGAAGAGGGUGAAGAGCGAGGCCGUCUUUUCGUCAAGGUUGUUGGGAUGAAAUACCUCGAUCUGCCUCUGCCACGAGGUGAGAGAUCGUACUUUGCCCUUACUUUGGACAACGGCCUGCAUUGCGUCACCACCUCUUGGUUGGAACUAGGCAAGACAGCGCCCAUCGGCCAGGAGUUCGAGCUCAUUGUCCAACAGGACCUUGAGUUCCAGCUGACCUUGCAAAUGAAGGUGGAUGAGGAGAAGUUUCGAGUGCAGGAGCCUGCCCCUACUGCCUCGCCUAGUCGCCCCAAGACUUCCACAUUCAGCCGUGUGUUUGCUUCUCCGCGCAAGCGCAAGGAGCUCGAGAUGAAGCAGCAACUUGCCAACCAGCAAAAUAAAGCCAAAGAUAUCAACGCUCCUGUGUGGGAGCGAUUGAGGACUUUGGUCGCCAGAGAUGGCAGUUUUGCGCGCGCAUAUGUCUCUCUUAGCGACCAUGAGAAACACGCCUAUGGUCGGCCCUACAAUGUUGAUAUUGCGUGCUUCAAUGAAUGGGCGGUUGAAGAGCAGCCGAGCAGUGUCAAGAGCAAGAAGAGUACGACAAGUACGACUUCUCAGCGAAGACCUCCUUAUAAGAUUGGAAAGCUGGAGCUCCAGCUGUUGUUUGUCCCCAAGCCCAAGGGUGCCAAGGAGGAGGAUAUGCCCAAGAGCAUGAAUGCCUGCAUUCGGGAAAUGCGUGAGGCGGAGAGCGUCUCUGCUCGUAGUUUCGAGGGAUUUUUGUCACAGCAGGGUGGUGACUGCCCGUACUGGCGUCGUCGCUUCUUUAAGCUUCAGGGAUCCAAAUUGACCGCCUACCACGAGACCACCCGUCAACCACGUGCCACGAUCAACCUUUCGAAGGCAGUCAAGUUGAUUGAUGACCGAUCUUCGCUGAUGCAGAAAGAGACCACCACCCGGGGUGGUGGCCGUCGCAAGUCUGCGUUUGCUGAGGAAGAGGAAGGUUAUAUGUUCGUGGAGGAAGGGUUCCGUAUUCGCUUCGGCAACGGCGAAGUGAUUGAUUUCUACGCUGACAGCGCGGCCGACAAGGACGGAUGGAUGAAGGUCCUUGCCGAUGCGGUGGGCAAAGGAUCUUCGGGAAGCAGCCAGGCCAAGCUCUGGACCGAGAUGGUCCUUAAGCGGGAGCGGAGUAUGAAAGUGAAGCGGGAGUCCACCGCUGCCGCCCCUGCAGCUUCCGCUCCUGCUGCCCCUACUGCUCCUGCUCCUGCUCCUCCUGCUCCUUCUGCUGCCGAACGUCGUCUCAGUCAAAUCCCUCCUCCGCCUCCUGCCAAACCCACCUCGUCCAUUCCGAUGCCGACGGCGCCGGCGCCGACCUCGGCUUCCAAACCUCGACACAAGCACACCCAAUCUCAGCCGGACGUUCGCGGUGCGGAUGCUCGACGACAGAAGACCCGGUCCUUGAUGUUCUAGACGCGUGCGUGAGUGAGUGAGUGGUAGGAGCAGUGGCAAUUGCGCAGCUCGGCUUGUACGUUCUGCAUUUUUUGUUGUCUAUUCUCGCGAUAUGUCCCAUUCAAAUCUGCUUGUUUAUUCAUUGUCGUUCUUGUGCUUAUCUUCCUGGUGUCGGAGUCCAAAGCCUGCGCUGCUGCAUUUUUCUGCUUCUUGUCUGAUAGCCUUUGACCCUUUGAAAAUCUCCUUGUGCAUUCAGCGUUGUCGCUCUUGUUUCUGUCCUUGCGGUGCCGUACUUGAUACAUAGCGUCUUUCCUUCACAAGUUCAUAAUGAAUCUUGAUCUUUUCAUGUAUCAUAAU